AUGGGUGGCACCGAGCCCUCUAAGCCUGUUAAAAACGGAGUGCACAUUGUGCAACUCAAAUACGAUUAUCUCUUCAAGCUGCUCCUCAUCGGAGACUCUGGUGUCGGAAAGUCGUGCUUGCUCCUCCGUUUUGCCGACGAUACCUACACGGAGAGCUACAUCUCCACCAUCGGAGUUGACUUCAAAAUUCGUACCAUCGAGCUGGAUGGCAAGACGGUGAAACUCCAGAUCUGGGAUACUGCGGGCCAGGAACGUUUCCGGACAAUCACUUCUUCUUACUACCGUGGUGCUCAUGGAAUCUGUGUCGUCUACGAUGUUACCGACAUGGACUCUUUCAACAAUGUGAAGCAGUGGCUUCAAGAGAUUGAUCGCUACGCCACUGAAGGCGUCAAUAAGCUCCUCGUCGGAAACAAGAGCGAUAUGGAAGACAAGAAGGUCGUUGAAUACACAGUGGCUAAGGAAUUCGCCGACAGCCUUGGAAUCCCGUUCUUGGAGACCUCGGCGAAGAACGCUUCGAAUGUAGAGCAGGCUUUCCUGACAAUGGCGAGACAGAUCAAGGAACGCAUGGGCACCGCGACUGUCAACAACAAGCCAACUGUGCAGGUUGGCCAAGGCCAGGGCGUUCAAUCCGGCUCCGCGGGCGGCUGCUGCUAG